AUGACCGAAAAACAAGCAACCGUCUACGUCGUGGACCUAGGCAAAACUCUCGGAGAAUGCCACAAUGGACGCGAGGAAACUGAUCUGGAAUAUGGCAUGCGAUACGUAUGGGAUAAAGUCACGCUGACCAUGUCUACUGACCACAAGACUGAUGGCGUUGGUAUUGUUGGAUUUCGUACUGAUGAAACCAACAAUGAUUUACAACGCAGCGGAGAACAGGGAUAUGAAAAUAUAUCCGUAUUGAAGCCUCUUGGGCAAUUCCAGAUGACAGAUUUGGAGGAAAUGCAAGAGGUUAUUAAACCAAAUGGUACUGAGGCUGGAGAUGCUGUAUCAGCAGUUGUAGUUGCGGUGGAAAUGAUUAAAGAACAUACUACGUUGAAGUCUGGAAAGCCAGGUAAAUUUGCUAGGAAGAUUGUUUUGGUUACUGAUGGGAAAGGGUUUAUGCAUGGAGAGGAGCUUGAUGAUAUUGCCAAGGAAAUCAGUAGGAACGAUAUAAAACUAGUCGUCAUAGGGGUUGAUUUUGAUGAUGCGGAAUUUGGGUUCAAGGAGGAGGAUAAAGAUUUGGUUAAGGCUGAAAAUGAGAAGCUCCUGAGAUCCUUCACAGAAAGUUGCUUAGAUGGGAUAUUUGGUACUAUAGCGGAAGCCAUCGAAGCUCUCGCAACACCUGUAGUCAAAGUAACAAGAGAGUAUAAUACUUACACAGGACCACUCACUUUAGGUGAUCCGACGAAAUAUCCUGAAACAGCUGUAUCGAUAGAUGUCGCUCGAUACUUCAAAACACAUCAAGCCAAACCUGUCUCCGCAAGGAGUUAUGUUGAAGCGGGUGAUGAGGAACUCCCGGAUGCUGAUGAUCUUACCUCGGUCAAGCAGACAAGGACUUAUAAAGUCAACGAUCCAACCGCUCCCGGCGGUAAGAGAGACGUCGAACGAGACGAUCUGGAAAAGGGUUAUGAAUAUGGUAGCACUAUUGUUCAUAUUAGUCAAGCAGACGAAGGUGUCACAAAGCUUCAGGCAAUAAAGGAUUUCUCUAUCAUCGGAUUUGUGCCCAACAAUUACGAGAGAUAUCUCAAUAUGGGAGAAAGUUGCAUCACUAUUCCUCAAAAGACAAACGAAAAGGCACGAAUGGCAUUAUCAUCUUUUGUCCAUGCUCUGAAUGAGCUGAAUUCUUGUGCUGUUGCCAGAAUCGUCAAGAAAGAUGGAGCAGAUCCACUGAUUGUAAUUCUUGCUCCAUUCAUAGAACCAGAUUUAGAGGGCCUUGUUGAUGUGCCUCUUCCUUUUGCUGAAGAUGUACGAAGUUAUCGAUUCGCGCCACUAGAUAAGGUUUUCAAUAGUUCUGGCGGUCUAAUGGAGAAGCACAAAAACCUUCCAAGCAAAGAUUUGAAAGCUGCAAUGAGCAGUUUCGUUGAUAGCAUGGAUUUAUCGACAGCCGGAAAGGAUGAAGCAGGUGAUCCUGUAGAAUACAUGGCCAUCGAAGAUACUUACUCUCCUGUGCUUCAUCGUAUCAAUCAAGCAAUACGCAGACGUGCUGUUAAGCCAGAUGAAGGUGUACCGCCACCUCCUGAUGUCUUAAUCAAAUGGUCACAUCCCCCUUCCGAGCUUGUCGAAAAAUCAAGUAGCCAGCUCACAAAGUUGAUUGAAACAGCGGAUGUCAAGAAAGCUAAAGCCAAACGCAACCGAGAAGUCGUCAAACCUCUUUCCGGUCUCGAUGUAGAAGCUCUUCUCGGUCGAGAAAAGCGCCAAAAGAUCACCGUAGACAACGCUAUCCCAGAAUUUAAGCGAACACUUGCAAGCACCGAUUCCACCGAGAGUGUCACCAAAGUUACUCGAGAAAUGGGCGAUACUGUCCGGACACUACUCAAACGAAGUACUGGAAAUUCCACCUGGGCACAGGCUGAAGAGUACCUGAGGGUCAUGAGAACUGAAUUGAUUGAUCUGGUUGAACCGGAAGUCUACAAUAACUUCAUUGAGAAAUUCAAGAAACAACUUCAAAAUGAAGAUUUCGAUAGGAUGUUUUGGUUUGAUAUCGUGAGGAAGAAUAAAUUAGGAUUGAUUCAUACGGGCGAGGCAAGCAAUACUGAGAAGACAGAGGACGAGGCCAGACAGGUUUGUGCAUUUUAG